AUGGAUAGAAAUUUAAAGGCUCUUAUAAUAGGAUCUACAGGUGGAAUUGGUAGAGAAUUGGUUAAAGAACUUCUUAAAUCUAAUUAAUGGAGUGAAGUUCAUGUAAUAGUUCGUAGAGAACUAGAGGCAUGGAGUAAACUAAGCUAUGAAUAAAAAAAUAAGUUGGUUAUUCAUAAAGUUGAUGGCUUAGAAAUUCUAAGAGAUCAAACAAAGUUACCAAAAUUUUAGGGUCUUAAUGCUAUUUUUUGUACAUUAGGUGCAGAAUAAAAAGAUGGCAAAGAGAAUUUUAUCAAAGUCGAUAAGGAGUUCCCUUUACUUUCAGCUGAUCUGGCAAUAUAAAAUAAUAUUCCUCAAUAUCAUAUUGUUACUUCUUAAAUGUCCGAUAAAUCCUCUAUGUUCCUUUAUCUUAAAAUAAAAGGAGAAGUUGAGUAUGAACUUUCUUAAAAAGGUUUCUAAUAUUUAGGUAUUUAUAGACCUGGGCUUUUAUUGUAGCGUGAGUAACCACGCUUAAUAGAAAGAUUAUGCUCAUAUAUUCCAUUUAUUAAAAAAGUAGAUGUUCAAAAUAUAGCUGUAACUAUGAGAAAAUAAGCUGAAAAAAAUAUAUAAUUUACUUAAAAUAAAACAGAAUAUUUUGAAAAUAAUGAAAUAAUAAACAUUUCAUAGAAUAAAAAUUGA